AUGCUGUGCAGCCCGGCUUUCCUCUGGGCGCAGCUGGAAGGGGUCAGCCUUGAAAGUAAACCGAGACCAAGGCCUGUGAGCAACUUCCCUCACAUAAUAAGCACACCUCGGGUGCCCAUCGAGCUAAGUACCAGGCAUACAAAGAAGGACAGAACCCCAGCAGGGCACUCAGGCGACCUCUUGAGUGACAGCGAGCCCGGAGAGCCAGUGACUGUUGCACCGAGUCCCAAAUGGCAGAGAUUUGCAGGCAGCUGGGGGAGCGGGGCUCGGUGUGCCCGCAGCCCGGCUUGGUGGGGCGGAGGAGUAGUUCAAGAGGGCGGAGCGGAAGUGCUGGGCGUCCCGAGCCCACCACCCACGACUCUGAGAUCACCUCUGGUCACUGUGAGCCUGCAGGCAGCUGAGACGUGUCACCGGGACCUCGGCCCUGAACGGCACCCACCAUUCACCUCCCCACAUCAAGCUCCCAGAGUACACGUGCAUCUGUGGCUGCCACCCAUCACCGCUGAAUUCGCCGUCGGAAGGAGCCGGCUCCGGCGGAACCGAAGUGGCAAAGAACUGGGGUCCAGCCUCUUUGCGGGAAGGAAGGUUCAGCCCGGCAAUCAGAGCUCUGCCCUUGGUGUGUCAGGCAAAUUCCCCAGAUUCCUGGCCUGGCAGGAGACCUUCAGAAGUCUGGAGGUCCCUGCAGUCCCUUCUUCCCCUUCCCCCUUCCCCCUUCCCCCGUCCCUUCCCAUUUUCCCCAUCUGCUACUCCUUAGAAAAGUGCAAAACAUGGAAGCUCCAACCCCAGCUGCUGAGCAGGUGCUAUGCUCUUUGUAUGCAGACCCUUCUGGUCUGGAAUGUUCCUGCAGUGGCUGAAGGUGGUGCAGUUUGGAGCUUUCUACCCACCCCCAAGCUGCCUCUGGUCCUGGCUGUCCUGGCUCCCUGUGAAGUUACCAGCCUCAAGAGCGUGAAUAAUUGUGUGUCACGGGAGCAGUGAUAUACGAGUCUGUUUGACCGGCUUGCUUUCUUGCACUAAUAUGUCAUUCACGAUCCCUAAGCCUGCUGUGUUAUGAAUGAGCAUAAAUCAGAUGGGAGAGGAUGUUUCCAGGGAGAUCUCUUUCCCCUAAAGAAAAAGCACGGUCUUUUCAGGUGUGUCAUUCCCGUGGGGCUGAGAUGGGAAAACCUCUGCACGGAUUGAAGUUCGAGAUCCUAUACCUGUUGGAGUCCAGAGAGCUGAGGAUCCCAGACCCUCAGGCACGGUGCACACUAAGUGACUUUUGAACCUGUGCAUUAAAGAAAGAGAGAGAUCGUAUGAGUCAUUACACUUUGAGGGAGGGAAAGGGCAAGAGCCUUUCCACUGCUUCCUCCCCGCUCUGGUUCUCAAGGGCCAAACUGGUCCUCUCUGCAAAGCAGGAUUUCCUUGGUGGUGCCUGAACCCAGGUCCCCUUAUGGGCUGGUCCUGGGAGCACCCAGCAAACCCGAUCUGCCGGCCCUGUUGGCAGCAGAGCCAUGCCAAGGGGGAUUUAUUGUGUAGCUGGGACGUGACAGGUGGGCUGGGAGCCUCCUCAGCCAGCACCUGUGCAGCAGCUGAGG